AUGCCCGUCCACUCCUUACUCGCCAUUUUAUUCUUCGCAUCUUCAAAUGCUGAUCCCGCUAAUGCUAUUGCGGUUUUAUUGAAGGCGCCGGCGUACAUUAGAACGCUGUCGAUAGCCUCAUUUGAGAGGGCUGUGUUUACUGCUGAAGUCGAAGAAGCAGUGGUCGGCCCAGUGACAGGAGGAGGCGAAGAGGAUGAGGAUAAGAAUGGAACAGUAGACGCAAGGGCGGUUGAGGAAAUAGGUGCAGAUGAAGAAGAGGAAAAUAAAGACUGGGGAGGCGUUGGUGGGGAUGAAGAGGAGGGGGAGCCAACUAUGAAGAGGGAGAGUUAG